UGACUGACAACUGUGCUGACACAGUGACAACAAAAACUGACAUUGAGAAAGUUUGUUAUUUCUAUAUAAUUUUACUGAAUAAUUAUUAAAUCAAGUAUACAAUGAAACUCGCAGGACCAAAUCAUCCAUUUGUAGUGUGGGCAGCUUGCUUGUUGUGGCUCACUUCAAUGUUUGCUAUAGCUUGGUCAUUGCUCUUAUUUUUUUGCGUUGGUGAUAUACUAUUGAUGACUGGCACAGACUUGGUCAAUGCAUUUGUACUGCUGUCUGGAAUUAUCAUGCUUCCGACGAAUGUCAGCAUGUUAUGCUCCGUUGCAAAUAGCAGGAAAAUUGACCACAAAGCAAAGGUAGUAUGUUGUCCACUAUGGCUGAGUAUAGUCUGGGUCAUAAUAAUUAAUUUAACCGCUGCAAUUAUCUGCAUGAUAAAAAUAUAUUCAUGUCGUGAAUUAACUACCAAAUAUCUAACUAAUGGCAUGAAACAAUACAGAAGUGUUCCGAAGUACAAACACUUCAUGGAUAAUUUGCAGUGGUCGCUGAAAUGUUGCGGGCUUAAUUCUUACAGCGAUUGGUUUUCGCAUGACUGGUAUGACAAAAUUCGUGAUUAUGAAUGGGAUCCUUCUUUGGAGAGACGCAAUUCCAUCAUAAAGAGAAGCCCCUUAGUGGCAGAUAGUGUGCCCUUGAGGUUUUUAUUAAAUACCGAACUUUGCUGUAAGAGUGGAUCCUGCAUAUCGAAUUAUCUGACAGAAUUGGGGACGUACUCAAUAAACACAACUGGUUGCGGCCCUUUAUUGUAUCGUAUUGUGAUGAUCUCCAUGAAUGGUCACCUCGUAAUGUUCCUGUUGAUAGUCAUUAUUGAAAUUAUUAUUCUGAAAUUAAUAACGAAGAAAGAAAAGGAGCUUGGAAAAGUUAAAUGUAAGAGGAAAACGGAUGUCAGGCAUAUCAUGUCUGUGAAGGAUAACUUCGAUGCUUCUAGUGGUUCUUGCCAGCUGAACCCUGAAGAUAGUGAUGAAGUUGAACAACCAAUUCUGCCAGAUUAAUAAAUAAAUAAUUUAGUUGAACUAA